GACAGUUUGACAGCUGACAUACAUAACCUCUAAUUUCGACGAGUGCAAAUGCCCACGUCCUAUUACUUUAGAAUAAUUUUAUUUCUCUAAUUUAUUAACUUAAACCCAUUCUAAUAGUACCAUGGACUACAAUAGCCGUCAAUUAGCAGAAGAUUUCUUCUUACGCGAGCCCGUGGAUGCCCGUAUAAGGAAGCCUAAAGAUGACCACAGAGAGGAGGAAGAUCCUCACCCACAUCUUAAAGUGGAAAUGCAGACUAUCCGGUUGAAUUCUGACUCGCAGAAACUAGUUUUGGACACUUUAAGGUUCAUCCAUGGUCCAGACUUCAAACUGGGUAGUGCUAGCCGUUACAAAGAUAAAGGAUCUAACUUUGGCAACAAAUACUGGAUGGAACGAGGCAACUUGGUGGUCCAGGGCGGGACAGACUACUCCGUGAUUCAGAAACCAGACAUCGAAUCAUCUGAAGCUAGACUCAGGGCGUUUGCAUUGGCCAAACUUGAAAAAUAUAAUUUUCAUAAACCACAUUGUGCAGAAGCAUUAGAAAUGGCUGCGGAAAAUGUUGACAAGGCUUUGGAGUUAUUAUUUUACAAAUAUUUCAAAGUCAAUUCACAGGAGAAGCCACAAGAUGUACCUAGUCCAGCGGAAUUGAUCGAAAUGAGAACUGAUGAGAAAGCAGUACUUGAAUCUAUUUACGAAUCGAAUUUCAGAAUCAAAGAACAUAAUGUAUGGAGUGUCAAGAUUAAUUUAGAUUAUUUAACGAAAACAUAUGAAAACAAAAAGGUUGAAGUUAAAAAAAGUUAUAAUUACAAACCGAAAAGCAAAGAAAAGGAGUUGUGUAAAUUGUAUCUCAGAGGACCGUGUAGAUUUGGUGCUAAAUGUAAAUUUCUACAUGAAAACAAUGUUGAAGAUACUCCAAAGGAAAGUGAGAUGAAAGAAUGCGAAAAGAUUAUGUAUGAAUUAGAAAUAAGGUUUACAGAAGAUACUGUAUAUCCGUAUGAGCCACCUUUAUUGUUCUUUAAAACUGAAACCCCAACAAAAACCAUACCAGAGUUGACAUGUUUACGGAUAACAGGCAAAUUACUGGACGAAGCUAAAAUAUUAGCUCAAGACGGCAUACCUAGUAUAUACUCAUUAGUGGAAGCUUUAAACAAUGAAGAGGAAAUAUUAAAUUUUAUACAGUUUGAUACAAGAACUUUCCCGGAUACAACAGAUGCGUUAUUUCCUCAAUUAAUAGUGAAUUCGAAUGAUUUAAGUAAAGAAAAAUUACCGUCACAUUAUAAGAAAGGUGAAAACAGAAAUAAUAGAUCCAGUAUAAACUUUGAAGAGGUUUUGAAAGAUAAUAAAGAGAUAGCUAAGAGAUGGUUGGAGAAGAGGGAGAAUAAUAGGUAUAACAAAAUGAUGGCUGGUAGGAGAAAACUUCCAGCGUGGAAAAAGAAGGAAGAUAUUUUAAAUGCUAUAAAAAAAUCGCAGGUGGUAGUGAUAAGCGGUGAGACAGGCUGUGGGAAAAGCACACAGGUCCCACAAUACAUCCUGGACCAAUGGUUGGCCAACUUCAACAAAGAUGGCGUACAGCACGCUGAGAUCGUGUGCACGCAGCCGAGGAGGAUAUCCGCUAUCGGGGUCGCUGAGAGGGUGGCCGAGGAGAGGGUGGAGAAGAUCGGACAGGUCGUCGGGUAUCAGAUAAGAUUAGAAAGCAAAGUAUCAUCAAAAACCCGCCUAACAUUCUGCACAACUGGCAUAUUAUUGAGAAGAUUAGAGUACGAUCCGCAACUGAAAUCAGUUACCCACGUAAUGGUCGACGAAGUACACGAAAGGUCGGAAGAGAGCGAUUUCUUGUUAUUGAUAUUGAGGGACCUCGUCAAAGUGAGGAAGGAUUUACGUGUCGUAUUAAUGAGCGCCACUUUGAACUCGGAACUGUUCGCGGAGUACUUCGAUAAGGUUCCAAUUUUGGAAAUACCAGGUAGAACAUUCCCAGUGGAGCAGUUGUUUUUAGAAAACAUCAUGGAAACAACAGAUUAUGUUAUGGAGGAAAACGGCCCAUAUUCAAGAAAACUAAAGAAGGGAGAAAAGAAGCAAGACCUAGAAACGGAACUGGAAACUAGUGAUGUCCGUUCGGAAGGCAUCGAGCCUCCAAAACUAUCGAUACGAGACGAAAACCUCUCCAUUGCUCAGAUGAUAGCUCGCUACUCUAAGAGCAGUAAGACCACGUGUAAGAAUAUGUAUAUGAUGGACACUGAGAAGAUAAAUCUAGACUUAGUGGAGCACGUUUUACAAUACAUAGUGAAUGGUGACCACAAAUGGCCGCGAGAGGGCGCCAUAUUGAUAUUCCUGCCCGGAAUUGCUGAAAUCAUGCAACUACACGACCAGUUAGCCGAAAGUCAUACCUUUAGUCCCAAAACCGGCAAAUAUCUACUUUUGCCACUGCACUCGACCCUCACAAGUGAGGAACAGGCCCUCGUGUUCAGAAAACCCAAACCUGGUGUUAGGAAGAUUGUGAUAUCUACCAAUAUAGCUGAAACUUCUGUCACUAUUGACGAUUGCGUGUUUGUGAUCGACUGUGGCAGGAUGAAGGAGAAAAGAUUCGACUCAAACCGCAACAUGGAAUCUCUCGACCUAGUGUGGGUUUCCCGCGCAAACGCGAAGCAACGACGCGGCCGCGCCGGACGUGUGAUGCCUGGAGUAUGUGUUCAUCUGUACACUUCACACCGUUACAACUAUCAUAUACUGGAGCAACCAGUGCCGGAGAUUCAUAGGAUACCAUUGGAGCAGUUGCUUUUGAAGAUCAAAAUUCUGCCGCUGUUUCAAGAUAUGAGCGUUCAUGAAGUUUUAGGCAAAACGAUAGAACCGCCAUCAAAACCCAACAUCGACGGGGCAUUGUCGCGUCUCCAAGACAUCGGCGCAUUAGACAAGUCUUAUUCCUUGACGCCCCUAGGCGCUCACCUCGCCGCAUUGCCGGUAGACGUGAGAAUCGGGAAACUGAUGCUGAUGGGCGCUAUAUUCUGUUGCGUCGACUCUGCGCUUAGCAUGGCUGCCUUUCUCAGCUAUAAAAGUCCUGUGGUCUCACCUAGAGACAAAAAGUCUGAAGCAGAUGCAAAAAGAAGGGAGUUUGCGUGUGCUAAUAGUGAUCAGCUGACCACUUUGAAAGCUUACAGGAAAUGGCAACAAGCGAUGAGAAGCAGCACCCACGCGGGCUUAGUGUUCGCAAACGAGAACUUCCUGUCGCACAAGACUCUGUUGAUGUUGUCCGACAUCAAACACCAGUUGCUGGGCUUGCUGGCCGACAUCGGGUUCGUGCCGGACAUGCCCGAGCUCAGGAGACGGAUGAGGAAGGAUUCUGUGGCCGCCUUCACUGGAGAACAGCUCAAUGCUAAUGGCAAUAACGACAGAUUGCUGGCGGCCAUAUUGUGUGCUGCGUUGUAUCCCAACGUUGUUAAGGUGCUAACCCCCGAGAAAUCGUUUCACAUGCAAGCGGGGGGCGCCAUCCCCCGCCAGCCCGCCCCCGACGAACUGAAAUUCAAGACCAAAUCCGACGGAUACGUUGCCCUGCAUCCCUCUUCUAUCAAUUCCACUGUCGGAUACUUCGGCAGCCCUUAUUUGGUGUACCAGGAGAAGGUUAAAACAACCAGAGUGUUCAUCAGGGAAUGUUCGAUGGUGCCGCAGUUGCCGUUGGUACUGUUUUCAGGUUGCAAUUUGUCUGUGGAACUGCAUAAUGGGACUUUCAUCGUAUCCCUGGAGGAUGGGUGGAUCAUGUUCCAAGUUGAAAGACACGAGGUACUUGUAUAAGUAGCUGAAAUGCUAAAAGCGAUACGAGUCGAGCUUGUAAACCUAUUGGAAGAGAAAAUCAAGGAUCCGUCAUUAAACUUGUUACAUUACGAGAAAGGAAAUAAAAUUAUAAAAACGAUUGUGCAAAUUAUAAGUAGAGAUUGAAUUUUUAUAGGCAAUAAAGCGAUGUGUUCGUCGUUUUAUAUUUUUAAGUAUUAAACCAACCGGAGUGGCCGCGAGCGUGAGUAUCAAGGAGAGGAAUAAUGUUUUGUUGUGUGAUAAAUAGUGCAUUUGGUAAUCGUGCAUGCGUAUUGUUUAUUAAAUGGAUUGAAACUAUACAUUUCUCGACUGAAUUAUUAAUUACUGUUAAAUACAUUUAAUAAUUAAGUAAUUAUUAACUGAAUUAUGACUGAAUUAUUAAUAGUAGUUAAUAAUUCAGUCGGGGUUUGUUGACAUUAAGUAGGUGGACACUGUUAACAAAACUAAUGCAUUACAUUGUAUUUAGCAAACUGUACGAGUAUUUUUACACAUGCACGCAAAAGUAACGCCGAUCGCUAGCUCAGAAACUACUCGGUAAUGCUAUGAGUGAUUGUAUUGUACUUAUGUGGCCUCUACGGUUGGUUUAACACUCCAGUUAUAAACAGAUACUCAAAUGCGUUUUAACUUAUGACUUUGAAACUGCACGCUAUUUUUUUAUAUUAUUAUGUUGUUAUAAAUAUUUAGGGAUUUUUAAAGGAAUUUUUCUUUAAUUAGACGAUUUGUUUUACAAAUUGUGCAGCAUGAGAAUCAUUAAUUAUUGUGAUUAAAACACGAGAUUAAAAAAAAUAUUUUGUGUGACAUGACUCAUCGCGUAAAUUAUAGGGUGGAAUUUUACAUACGAACCAAUUUUCGCAAUUCUUGUUUUAUUUAUGGAAAGUCGAACGCUUAAUGUAGCUGUCGAACACAGCUUACUUUGCGAACAUUUUGGCAAGUUGUGACGUCACUUUUAGUACGGAGCAUUUGGACGAGUCCGAAAAUGUGUGAUUUUAUUUUUGCCAUAUCUUUGAACGCAUUAUCAUUGUAUUUUUUUCACUGGUGUUUCUAUUAAUAUAGGAGCCGUCGAAUAGUCACUAAAACAUAAAUUUGUCACCGAGCCUAUUGUGGGUAAUUUAAUAAUGGGAUCUCAUUACCAAUGUAUAAACGACUAGCUUUUGCCCACAACUUAGUACGAGUAUGUGAGUAAAAAUCCGUUUCCCGUGGGAAUUUCAGGAAAUCUCUUCUUAGUGCUCCCCUACAUUGACCGUGGAACCUACACACCCAAUUUCAGCUUUCUACGCCCAGUAGUUUCGGUUGUGCGUUGUCUGUCAGUCAGUCACUCUCAGUAACGCUAGUUUUACAUAUAUAUAUAUAGAUAAUAAUGGGCUAUACAAGGUGUAAAUCUCAAAUUUAUUUAAUUUUGUAUAAUAUAGAAUGUAUUACCGCGAAAUGUGAUACGUUUAAAACUUAAUAACAAUUUACAAAGAUCUCAAUUUUAAAAAGAUUUAAUAGAAAAAAGCAGUGUUUUAAUUUUUUUUUUUUGGGUGAAACUAAAUGAAUUUAUUUAAUUUCAAAGAAAUGUUAGUAAAUGACAUUAUUUCUGUUUAUUACUGCAUCUGUCUUUACAAUUUGUGACAAAAAAAGUGAUUUUAUUUAAUUUAAAUGUACAAAAGCUUUUGCACCACCAUAUUAUGUAUUUUGCAUACAUAAAUAAAGUAUUUUAUUAAUUUUAA